AUGGGCCGUCGUCCUCCUGUCGCAAAGUUCUCGCUCGCAGUUCGCAAGAACAUUCGCGAUGAGUGGGAAAACAGAAAACCAGACUAUGAAGAUAGGAUUUCCGCCGUGCUGGGUGCGCCGUGGAAAAUCGACAUUGAUCUGCGCCAAGUCUGCGCGUAUGCUGAGGAUGGAUAUGCGGCCGAGGCUCCUGGUUCCAUGAUUUCAGGGUACAUUGACGGCGUCUUGUAUCAGCUCGAUCGCUUCAUCACCAAACAUGGCGACAAGGGCAAAGAGGAGCUCAACACCAUUGCUGCGGCGCGAACAAUCACCAUGGACCUGGACGAAGGCCAAAAAUUCUCCUACUGCGGCUGCGCCGUCUCUGGUACAGGAUCCCUCGUCAUUCUCUUCAGAGAGGGAUAUCUGGGCACCAACAUCGACGAUGCCUGCUCGCUCGACAACUUGGAGAAUGCCCUCAACGCCGCCCCCAGCACUGCGUCGGCCCGUCACCAGCCCAUGAGCUUCAUCGCGCGCGCAGCCAUUAGAAGCGACUGGGAUGCGCAGACAGACGCAAUCAAGCGGCAGCUCGGCGAGAUUCUGGGCAGGGACAUUGCCCUGGAGCCGCGGUUCGAGCAGGCCUUUGACAGGCUGAGCGCCGCCGCCGGAGAUGGAGAUGCAUCGUGGCAGCGACACCUGGGCGCGUACCACAGGAUGUACUACGAGAGUCUGGCGUCGUACCUCGUGCACCAGAAAUUCGGCGAGGAUGACAUGCUGCGCGAGGCUUUCCACGAGGGCAUCGACAAGGCGACGGUGGUGUUUCGCAUUGUUGGCAGGGAGCAGCUGAAGCGCUCGGCUUACAACGAGUGCGUCAUUGAGGAUGGGACGUUGAUCCUGCAGACCACCGCCGAGUAUUACGGCACAAACAUUGCUGAAGUUGCCAACACGCUGAUGGAGCAGCUGUAG